GCGCUGUGCUGGUGCUGUGGUACCGCGAGAGCCGCACCGAGCCUGUGUACAGCUACGACGCGCGCAACAACAACUUCGGGGACGGCGAGCGCUGGUUCGACGAGACGGUGCUGGGGCGGCGGGCGUUCUUCAAGGCCCUGGCGCCCGUGCCCGUGCUGAGCAUCGAGCCCGUGGCCAUGGACGACCACGGGGACUUUUCGUGUCGCGUCGAGUAUGUCAAGUCCCCCACCACCACCGCCGCCUUCACACUCUUCGUCAUCGUGCCCCCCGGUCCCCCCACCAUCACAUGGAGCGGCCAGCCCGUGGUGGAGGCCGUAGGUCCUCUACAGGAGGGCCAACAUGCGGAGCUCGUGUGUACGUCGGUGGGUGGCCGCCCCCCGCCCUCCGUCACCUGGUGGAAGGGGGACAAGAAGAUAGGGGCUAGGGAGGAGGUGGGGGUGUCUGGUGGAGGUGUCAUGGAGAUCUCUUCGAAGAUCCGCGUGUUCGGUGGAAGAGAUCUCGCCUUCGUGCCGCUGAAGUGCAAGGCGCAGAUCCACCCUCGCGGCGUCAUCACCAUCCCUCCACGCAUUGCGUCCGUUACACUCAACGUCACGCUUCCCCCCCUGCAGGUGGAGAUCAGGGGGGGCGAGCACCCCGCCAACGAGGGGUCGUCGGUGCGGCUGGUGUGCGUCACGUCGGGGUCACAUCCCCCCGCCGUGGUCACGUGGUGGAAGGGGGGCAGCCUCAUCACCAGCGUCACGCACACCAUGGCUGACGGGGGCAACGUGACGUCAGCAGCCGUGGUUCUGUCUGUGACGAGCGAGGAGGACGGGACAGUCGUCACCUGUCAGUCCAAGAAUCCCGCGUUACCCUCACCAGCCCUCACCGACUCCCUCACCCUCAGCGUCUUGUACGAGCCUCGCGUGGAGCUGCAGGCGCGGGACUCGGUGACGCAGCUCAAGGAGGGCGAGUCUGCAGAGCUGCUCUGCAGGGUCCGUGCCAACCCUCCCGCCCACCUCUACGCUUGGUACCUCAACGGAGCGGCCGUGGUGCAGGACUCAGUGACGGUGGUGAGGGCGGGACGGCUGAGCCUGCCGUCUGUACGGCCGCACCAGGCAGGCCGCUACACCUGCGAGGCCACCAACAUCAUCGGCGCCACCACCAGCAACGCCUUGCACAUCACAGUCCUGCACAAGCCGCGCUGUGCUAAGGGCUUCCAGUCGCGCAGUGAGCGCGUGGCGCGCGGUGACACCGUACGGGUAACAUGUCGCGUGGACGCCUCGCCCGCCACCAGCCUCGCCUACACCUGGACCCGCCUCACCGACGACGGCCGAGAGACGCUCCUGCCCUACAUGGCCACAAACGAUGGGCUGACUUCGACCAUCGAGGUGACGCCGGUGGCCGUCGCCGACUACCAGACGCUUGUGUGUCGGGCGGCCAACAGCAUCGGGCGGCAGCAGGAGGGCUGCCAAGUCACGUUGAUACCCUCAGGUCCUCCCGACCCGCCCUACGACUGCAGGGGCGAGGCUGGUGCAGAGAAAGGCUCGCUGGUUGUCACCUGCAUUGAGGGAUUCAACGGUGGCCUGCCGCAGCAGUUCACGUUGCAGGCGUGGCAGAGUGACACGCUCGUCGCUAACAUGACGAGCGAGUUCCCCGAGUGGGGUGUGGGUGGGCUUGCGGAGCUCAAAGAACUCAAGGUGCAGAUCUCAGCCCACAACCAACAGGGCUCCAGUGACGUCCUUACCCUCGAUCUCCCCAACAUUGCUGCCACGCAGCAGCUGCAGGACAGGCACAGGCUCCUCAAACAGAAAGACACGGAGCUGCUGGCGCCAGGCUGGUUACCUGCCGUGCUAGGCGGGAUCGUCAGCACACUCGUGCUGCUGCUCGUCGUGCUGCUCGUGUCCGUGACGAUCCUUCAUCGGCGACGUCGUCGCAACAUCAGACGAAGGCAAGACUCCAUCAAGCAAAUGAUGGCCAAAAGCACACCCGAGGACGAUGAGGUCGCCACUGCCUUCACAGCAGUCCACGCUGAUGCCACGAAACUGGCCAGCUUGAGACACCAGCCCGACGUGCUCCUCUUGAAGCCAAGUUCGCGGCAGUCGACCCGCACAUCGACACCUCUCGAUGCUGAGAAUGGGUCCAGGCUGCACCUCAACCCCUGCUCAGAUGUCCACUCAUGUCAUUCACCCUGCGGCCAUGCGUGCGAGGAGGGAUCGCUGCUCGCCGCCCUUCAGAUUCAUCAUAACCCGGAGCUGGCCGCCGGCUCCUCGAGCGUUUGUUCCGACACCGACUCUGACAACGCUGUUCUGUGUUCCCCCACGAUGGAGUGUCGGAGUAUUCACUCCCCUCACUGCUCCGCGCUCAGAAGAGGCCACACUCACUCUGUAUGUUCACCCACGCGUCGUGUGCGCUGCAUGUGCAUGACGAAGCAUUCGCCGCACUCAGUCAUGGCGUGCCGUAGUAGGGCAGAAGAAGUCAGACUUGGCUCACAAGAGGCCGAGGACAGCGGCCUGGAGGACACAGUCGGCAGUGCUGAAAAUUUGUCGGCUUCCGGCUGCCCCAGAUGCCUGAUCAACGCCUCGUCCGCAGCUCCUCCCAGGCAAUCUUUCUCCUCUCCUGAUAUCAACGUCGCGUCUAGCGGGUCACUAAAUAAGCUGCAGCAAUGUCGCUGGCAGCAAUCUUUGAAGAGGAUUUCUAUUGACGGACAAUCAUCAGGCGUCGGUCGGCCGCGUGCAAGACGCACGCACUUCGCGAGCAUACAUAAGCCUUCGGCAUCGCAGUACUUUGAUGAGCCCAAAUACGUUAGUUUAACAAGGCCGUUCCAAGGCUCGGCAUCUACUGCUACGGAUAAGAAACCGCUGUUUGCCAAAGAUAACGCCGCACAAAUUAUUCCGAAUCAAACGAAAAACUUGAAAUCGCCAAGCAAAUCUGUUAACAAAAUCGCACCGUUGUCGCCUUGUAGGGAGAGUGAGGUAUGAGAAUUAUUCAAAUAAGAUUUAUUUUUGCUAAUGAAUUGUAUAUAUUCCCAUUUUCCGAUGAUAAGACUUCGUCUUGAUCAAAUUCACUAUAGAUCUCUGUUCAAAACGUGAUCGUGAUCGAUUACCAGAAGCUCAAUGAAGUUCAUUCAUUAACUACAUGUUUAAGUUGAGUAUCCAAGGCGAAUGUAUCAUCUCGGAGCGAGAAGCAUUUAGCUCUGAUGACCAAAGUGCGCUGCCUUGUCAACAGUGUUUGUAUUGUGCCUGUGCUUGCCAGUGUUUCAAUAUUUACGGUUAAGGAAUAGCCAAUGGUCUUUUAUCUCUCCAACAACAUUUCAAUAAGUCCCGGAAAUAGUCCGCUAAAAUGUCUAUCUCUUCCCACAAUGUUUGCCUCUGUUGAAAACAUUUUCCGCAAAAUCUUGCCAAAUGCACCAGCAACCAUUUUAGUCUAGGAAUAUUAGGCUGCAAUUAUUUUACAAGCUUGAGGCAGUUUAUUUUAAAUACAUUUUUAAAAAUAUGUCAAAUUGUAUAAUGCAUUUUAAAUAUAUCUAUCUACCUCGUGGACCAAAUGAUAUACUCAAUAACAAGGUUUAUAGGUGUAAGCAUCGU